GAUAAGAGAAAAGAAGCUCAUCUCUCCCUGUCUCUCUUGAAGCUGUACUAAAAUGGCGUUCUCUCCUACUGCUGGAACUAAGUUUACUUUACCAUAUGGCGUUCCAACUUCACUCUCCCAGCUCCAAUCCUCAGUGCUUAGUAUUCCUUGUUUCAAAUCACAUUCCCACUCCUUCAAGUCUCCAAAACGACGACCUUACAGUUAUCGUCGUUUUGGCGUUAUUGUUUCUUCUUCUGCAACUCCAACUCUACAGUCUACAAACGGCGCCGUUGUGUCUCCCUCUCAGAACCCAGACUCUUCUUCCUAUGGAAGGCAGUACUUCCCUUUAGCCGCUGUUGUUGGCCAGGAUGCUAUAAAAACUGCUCUGUUGCUUGGGGCUAUUGAUCGUGAGAUUGGAGGAAUUGCUAUUUCUGGAAAGCGAGGAACAGCCAAGACAGUUAUGGCACGUGGAUUGCAUGCCAUUUUGCCACCAAUUGAUGUUGUUGUUGGUUCUAUAGCUAAUGCUGAUCCAUCCUGCCCUGAAGAGUGGGAAGACGGCUUAGCAGAACGAGUGGAAUAUGAUUCUGAUGGGAAUAUUAAGACUGAAGUUGUUAGGUCUCCUUUUGUUCAGAUUCCUUUGGGAGUCACAGAGGAUAGACUUAUUGGUUCUGUUGAUGUUGAGGAGUCUGUGAAAACAGGAACUACUGUCUUUCAGCCAGGCCUUCUAGCUGAAGCUCAUAGAGGUGUUCUGUAUGUUGAUGAGAUUAAUCUUUUGGAUGAGGGUAUUAGUAAUUUGCUUCUUAAUGUUUUGACGGAAGGGGUUAAUAUUGUCGAAAGAGAGGGAAUCAGCUUUAGGCAUCCAUGCAAGCCACUUCUGAUAGCUACUUACAACCCAGAAGAGGGUGCUGUUCGUGAACACUUACUGGAUCGUAUUGCUAUUAAUUUGAGCGCAGAUCUUCCAAUGAAUUUUGAAGAUCGUGUAGCAGCUGUUGGUAUUGCGACACAGUUUCAGGAACAUUGUACUGAAGUUUUUAAAAUGGUCGAGGAAGAGACAGAAUUUGCAAAGACCCAGAUCAUUUUGGCUAGAGAGUAUUUGAAGGAUGUUACCGUUAGCAGGGACCAAUUGAAGUAUCUUGUUUUGGAAGCCCUUCGAGGUGGUUGCCAGGGACACAGAGCGGAGCUAUAUGCUGCUCGUGUUGCAAAAUGCUUGGCUGCUCUUGAAGGACGUGAAAAAGUCAAUGUGGAUGACCUGAAAAAAGCUGUGGAAUUGGUUAUUCUUCCUCGUUCAAUCAUCAAUGAGAGUCCACCAGAACAGCAAAACCAACAGCCUCCACCUCCACCACCUCCACAAAAUCAGGAUCCUGGGGAUGAGCAGAAUGAGGAGGAAGACCAAGAGGACAAUGAUGAAGAUAAUGAACAACAGCAGGAUCAAAUACCUGAAGAAUUUAUAUUUGAUGCAGAAGGGGGCUUUGUAGAUGAAAAACUUCUAUUCUUUGCACAACAAGCGCAGAGACGGCGAGGCAAGGCUGGGAGAGCAAAGAACGUCAUAUUUUCAGAGGACAGAGGUCGCUACAUUAAACCAAUGCUCCCUAAGGGUCCUGUGAAGAGAUUAGCAGUUGAUGCAACCCUUAGGGCAGCUGCACCAUAUCAAAAACUGCGUAGAGAGAAGGACACUCAAAAGAGUAGGAAAGUUUUUGUUGAGAAAACUGAUAUGAGGGCAAAAAGAAUGGCCAGAAAAGCCGGAGCACUGGUGAUAUUUGUAGUCGAUGCAAGUGGAAGUAUGGCGUUGAACCGAAUGCAAAAUGCAAAAGGUGCUGCAAUUAAGUUACUAGCUGAGAGUUAUACAAGCAGGGAUCAGGUUGCUAUUAUCCCCUUCCGCGGAGAUUCUGCUGAAGUUCUUUUACCUCCUUCCAGAUCAAUUGCAAUGGCAAGAAAACGCCUUGAAAGACUUCCAUGUGGUGGUGGUUCGCCCUUAGCUCACGGCCUCACAACUGCUGUUAGGGUUGGGUUAAAUGCAGAAAAGAGUGGUGAUGUAGGGCGUAUAAUGAUUGUUGCUAUAACAGAUGGUAGAGCCAACAUAUCACUGAAAAGGUCCACUGAUCCUGACGUUGCUGCUUCUGAUGCCCCAAGACCUUCAGCACAAGAAUUGAAGGAUGAGAUUCUUGAAGUGGCGGGGAAAAUAUACAAGGCAGGAAUGUCCCUUCUUGUCAUUGAUACAGAAAACAAGUUUGUCUCAACUGGAUUUGCUAAAGAGAUUGCAAGAGUCGCUCAAGGAAAAUAUUAUUACUUGCCCAAUGCUUCAGAUGCUGUUAUUUCUGCUACGACUAAAGAAGCUUUAUCAGCCUUAAAGAGUUAAUAAUUUUAUAAAUUCGUGAUCAACCAAAUCAUGAGGUUCUGAUACUGCAUUUGCCACCAAAGCGGACUGGGUUAAAUUGUCCUGGACAGUACUGUUAACCUUUUGUUCUUUCCCCAUUCCUAAAUAGCUUCUGUGCAUGUAGCAGCUGUAAAGCAAAAUAUGGUAUUUUUGAAAA